AUGCAGAGUAAAGAAAAGCAGCAAAGUAAGCCAAAGUCCCGCGUUGUUCAAUCACGGUUUCGAACUGGUUUGAGCAAUUCAAAAAAUAACAACAGCAACAGCAGGAGUGGAAUAACUGGUAAUGACAGUAGCCACAGCAAGAAUAAUCUGAACUGCACAAGUGGUCCGGCAUCUUUGCCUGACACAACUGCCAGGAAGAAAGUGAUGAGGGGUUCAUCGUCUCAGAGGCCUGGUGUUGGAAAAUCGUUGAAUAAUAUUACAAGAACAUCUGAGAAUGCAGUGAGAAGCACUGUCAAUGUAACUUCAAAACCAAGACCUGCCAAAUCAGCUUUCAAUCUGAAUGAGUCCAGACUUAAUGGUCGUAGUCCAUUGAAGUCUAAAUCUUCAGCUAGUGGGAGUUCAAAGCUUCAUUCAACAGUCUUGGCAGAAAGGACCAUGUUGGGGAGCACACAAAAUAUUUUCAGUACAACACUUGUAGGUGGAGUUGAACCUGGGAAGGCAAAUCUUAUUGGUCCGAAAGGAUGUGACAUAACAAAUAGUGCCAUUCGUGAGCUUCCUGAACUUCCUGAUAUAUCUGCUAUACGACUGGACUCGAGUAGUGGUGAAAAGAAUGAAGUUACUAUCUUAUCUACUGGUGAAAAAGAAUUCAGUGAAGACACAAGUAUAGGAUCUACUAAAGAGGUUACUUUUGAAGACCUUGCAAAAGAAUAUUUAAGGUACUUGCAAGCAGCCUAUAUUGAUGUUGUCACAGAAGAGGCAUUCAACAAACAGUUGGAAGACUUGAAGACCCAACUAGUGUUCUUGGAUCAAUUAACAAGUGAAAAACAGGAGGAAGUGAUGGAGCGUAAAAAGAAGUUGGAGUUGCUCUACCAUCACCAGAAAGUCUUCCAGUCUUACAAAGAUCAGACUGAUCUGCUUUGUAAACUUGCAGACUGUCUACCAGGCUGUGAAUCUGCAUUAGAAGUUCUGACAAAGGAAUCUGAGAAAAAUUUGCAUCAAGUAAAGAUGGAUAAUCUGUAUAUGCCAACAAAUCAUGCAGCCUAUAGAGAUCAGUUAUCUGGAGCUCUGAAGGAUAUGACUAGUUGUCUUUGUGAAUUGGAAUGCUUGUUGGAGCCCCGUUCUCAUCAGCUUACUGACACAAUUGGUCUUUUAGACAACUUAAAAACCAGUUCUCAAAAUGCACAACAGUAUGAGAGAGAAGUUAAUCAGGCUUCCAGAUUAGCUAUACAAGAAGCAUCUUUACAAAUAGUUGCAAAGAGAGAAGAGUAACUUUCUACAAGGUUUGUUUAUUAGAAUGAAAAUCUCUGAGUAGGAACCAGUUUUCCUUCUUUCUUCUCUUAAACCACAGCUGUUUGCCAGUGGUGUUUAAUAUCAGCUUAUAAGCUAUAUGUUCAGCAACAGUUACCAUAUAUUUAAAAGCAUUUGAUAAAUAUAGAGGUAUUAGGAUGUCAAGCUUAUUAAGUGUGUUAUGUGUAUUUUUGUACGUACAUUUAUAUUUGAUGAAUAAAAUGGUGAAUUAUU